CCUGAGGAGCAGGAGCUCAUGUUUCAAACGAGGGAGCAGAGAUUUUCUCUUCUUCGGCGAUGACACUGUGAUCGAGGGUGGGUUAGGACCAAGGCAGGUGGGCAUCGGUGGUCACUUCCCUUCGAGAGAAUGGCUACAUCUCUUCUUUCCUGAGCUUUUCAUCUUCUCUUCAAAAGCCAUCUGCAGCGAUGGCAGACGCGUUGCCUACCGUGCGCAAGACGCGCUUCGUCUGCGUGUCCGAUACCCAUAAUGCGACCCCCAAUGGCUCUUUCAAGCUCCCCAAGGGCGAUGUCCUCCUCCAUGCCGGGGACUUGACGAAUCAAGGAACCUUCUCUGAAUUGAAGAAGACGAUCAAAUGGAUAGAGGAGGCAGACUUCGAGGCAAAGAUUGUCGUUGCUGGCAAUCAUGAUAUUACACUCGACACCGAUUUCUACAAUCAAUACGGAAUGUACUUUCAUAAUCAAAAUCCCGAAGAUCCCGCUAAGUGUCAGGAACUGCUCGAGCAGGCGCCGUCGAUCCUCUGGCUGAAGCACGAGCAUGCAGUCAUCAACCUCGUCUCGCCGUCUGGUCCGCAGACAACCUUCAAAAUCUUUGGCUCUCCGUUCUCACCCACUCAAGGAAUGUGGGCAUUUGGUUACGGCCCGGACGAGGCAUAUCAAUUAUGGGACCAGAUACCCCUAGAUUCCGACAUUGUCGUCACCCACACACCUCCAAAAUAUCACUGCGACGAGACAAGGGAGCGUCGGGCUGUGGGCUGCGAAGGUCUCAGGAAUGCAUUAUGGCGAGUUAGAAGUCGUCUUGCUGUAUGCGGACACGUCCAUGAAGGCAGAGGCGUUGAAUGUGUGCGCUGGGAUCUUGAUGCUUCGAACAUCAAAUACAAAGAGAGCAAAGUAAUUGCCUGGGAAGAUCCAGGACGGGAGAACAAGAAGCUAUCGAUAGUCGACCUUACGGCCAAAGGUGGAAAUCCUUUGGAUAAUGAUGGCUCUGUUGGGGACUAUUCCCAACCGGACACGGCCACGAUCAAGGUCGUGCGGGAACCGGUCCCUAUCUUAUCACCUCUCAAAGGUGGUGGUCUUGAAGCUCUCUCGACAAGCGCCAAGCCUUCAGCCAAACUCGGAGUGUCACGGAUCACUGCGAACCUACUUGCCGUGCCAACCCAAACUCUACCGCCAGCAACACGCGGCCAAGGAGGAACACCUCCGUCAGAAAGAUGUGAUCUAGCUGCUUUGUCAGGCAGGAUGGGCCGUCAAGAAACGUGUAUCGUCAAUGCUGCUAUCAUGGCCUCUAGUUGGCCUCGGAACGGGGCCAAGAAAUUCAACAAGCCCAUCGUGGUCGACAUUGACUUGCCUGUUUGGAAGAAAGGUUGAUAUGCGUGCUACCCCCUUUGGAAGGAAUCGUUUGCUAUCAAGCGGCCCAGUGCUUUCUCGUCCGAUGUUAGUU